UGUGUCUGGGAUGCAACCAGUAGUUUAGACUGACUGACUGCUGUGAAGAAGUAGUUGCGCAUCACUGACGGAUUCCAGCGCCGCGGAAACCGCCGAAAGUCACAUCUUUCUCCUCACUGAGCUAAAUGGCUCGGAUUUACGACAGAUCCGACUUAUGCAGAUGAGUGAUUCGAUUCUAUAAGCGUUUGGGAAAUGCAAACUAUUGUCCGGCUUUAAAUUCAGACGCCUGACGCUCGAGCAGCCAUGCAUGUGUGUAGCUUCAUGGGCUUUUUGCUCCUCCUCCUUUUCAUCAGCAGGAUCAUGGAUGGCUCUGUCGCGAACACUGAGGAGAUCUUGCCCCCCACCAUUCAGAAACUGAUGAAGGGAUACAACAAGUACCUUAGGCCAUUCUUCGGCAAUGGCCCUGUUACUGUGGGAAUGAGUCUGGAUAUCGCCAGCAUAGACACAAUAUCAGAAAUCAACAUGGAUUACACUGCUACCAUCUUCCUCCGCCAGCGCUGGACUGACGAACGCUUGUGUUUCGAUGGCAAUAAGAGCUUGAGUCUGGAUGGGAGGCUAGUCGAGCUCCUCUGGGUCCCCGAUACGUUCAUUGUGGAUUCCAAGAAAUCCUUCCUGCACGACAUCACUGUCGAAAACAGACUGAUCCGGAUAUUCCCCAAUGGGACCGUCCUGUAUGCCCUCAGAAUCACCACCACAGUGGCCUGCAGUAUGGACCUCACCAAAUACCCCAUGGACAGACAGACCUGCAUGCUGCAACUUGAAAGCUGGGGAUAUAACGUGAAAGAUGUUGUUUUCUAUUGGACACGGGGAAACCAAUCGGUUAGCGGUCUGGAUAAUUUACAGCUGGCACAGUACACCCUUGAGGAUCACUACACCUCUGAAUCUGAAGCUGUUUAUGAGACUGGUAACUACCCAAAGUUGAUCUUCCACUUCAAACUCAAGCGAAGCAUCCUGUAUUUUAUUCUGGAGACGUACGUUCCUUCCAGUGCUCUGGUGGUCUUGUCCUGGGUCUCCUUCUGGAUCAGUCAGUCCUCAGUACCCGCUCGCAUCUGCAUAGGAGUAACGACAGUUUUGACGAUGACCACCCUGAUGAUGGGUGCCCGCACCUCUCUACCCAAUGCCAACUGCUUCAUUAAAGCUAUCGAUGUGUAUCUGGGCAUCUGCUUCAGCUUCAUCUUUGGUGCACUGAUUGAAUACGCAGUCGCCCAUUUCUGCACGUUACACCAGCCGAAUGCUGCCAACGCAUAUAUGUAUGGCCAGGAAAUGCAGGAGCGCGAGGAUGAAAUGAAUGGCAUCGUCACCUCCUUCGGCAGCCACGCGUUGCGGGCCCGCAAACGGGAGGAGAUGCUGUCCCGCAUGGGCAGCGUCAACAACCCAACCCCCAGUGAAAGUAAGGAGGACGUCAGCUCCUCGCAGCCACAGACACGCUGCACCAAAUGCAUGUCGAGGGCACGUCGAAUCAUACGCUGUCUGAACUGCUGCAAGGUGGAAAACCCACACUACAUCGACAACUACUCCCGCCUGACCUUCCCUCUGUCCUUCGUCAUCAUCAACCUCCUCUACUGGACCUACUACUUAUACUUCUGAACCUCCUGCUUUCUGUGAGUGUGUGUUUGAGGCGUUUACAGUCAUGUGUGGGUGUGUGUUUGUGUCACAGUUUUCCUAAGGGUUUACGCUCCUACAUGUCAGCAUGCAUUUCAGUUCAGCUCGUAUGACUGACUGUGUUCAUGUCAUCCAAAUGUGCGUCAUUUUUAUUGUGGUGUGACGAGGAUCUGAGUGGGAUUUGGACCAACUCUGCAUUUGGAUGAGGAUUCUACAUUUCUGUGUCAAGAAUAUGUGGCCUUCGUUUUAUGAUGGAGCUUCAGAUUUACUAAAGUUCGCAAUAAAAUCGGCCUCGUUGUAAAGUACAGUAUGAGUUUACGGGUAAUACUUUAUGAUAAGGUAACAUUUGUAUUUUUAUGAACUUAAGUUAAAAAAUUCAACAAAUCUGUAACAAAUGUAUUGCUAAUUGUUAGCUAAAGGGACAGUUCACCAGAAAGUUAACAUUUGUUAACCUGUAACAGUUUCUUAACCCUUAUGUGCUGUUGGGGA